AUGGGUGGAGUAAUGCAUGAAAAUUCCACGCUACCAGCGUACUACUAUUACGUUGAUCCUGAUGGACCAGCUUAUGAACCUCAGCAACCAAAUCCACUAGAUGACCUUAUAUCAGUUUAUGGAUUACAGGAUAUUUCAAGACAGGUAGCUAGAACUAAUCCUGAUGGUACAAAGGCCGUUAAGUUGCGGAAAUCGUUUAAAAAUCAAAUACAGGACCUGUCGGGAAAGUUUUCCGUGAUACCAAGUAGAGCUAAUGGUAAGGGAGGAGAAAUUUCUUCAAUUGUUUUCCAGAAUAAUGGCGAUAUGAUGCCACAAUUGAGUAAAGAAAGCGGAAGCAUGUCAAGAGAAGAGUGGCGAAAAUUAGUUAUGAACCAAGACAAAGCCCUGUUUGAACAGUCUGCGAUAGACUGGGAUAUGUGCUCGAACGUGAUAUCUCAAUUUGACCGGAGCUAUCCUGGAGAAUUUAAGAAUCAAGGGUUUGAAGUGGAGGAUCUGGCAUUUGACUUGGAUGGUACAGGAAACACCAACAAUAGUGGGUAUAGUGCUGUAAGUGGUCUGAAAAACAAGAAGCGGAAGAGUAAAUCGAACGGAUCUUCAAUGGCAACUCCAAAUAGCGAUAUACAAGAGGAUCUAAAAAGAAGAAGAUUGGAAUGA